AUAAUAUGAUUUGUCAGUGUGCUAAAGGCAGAAGAAGACGCAUGUUAUGAGGAAGAAGACGUAGACGGCGAUAUCAGAUCCAACAUGGCGGCGCUCUUGGCAACUUCCCGUGUCCUCGGAAAAAAGGUUUUAUUAUCAAACUCGUUGCCCGCCGGUUGCCCAGCUAGCCUCCGGAAGCUUCAUUUCUCCAUUUAUGGCAAAAGAGGUGGAGCGAAGCUCUCAGACGCUAUAUCUACACAUUAUCCGGUGGUAGAUCAUGAGUUUGAUGCUGUUGUGGUGGGAGCAGGUGGCGCUGGACUUCGGGCUGCUUUUGGGUUGUCUGAAGCCGGUUUCAAUACAGCAUGCAUUACCAAACUGUUCCCUACGCGCUCUCACACAGUGGCUGCACAGGGCGGGAUCAACGCAGCACUUGGUAACAUGGAGGAAGAUGAUUGGCGCUGGCACUUUUACGACACAGUAAAAGGAUCCGAUUGGUUGGGGGACCAGGAUGCCAUUCACUACAUGACUGAACAGGCUCCUGCUGCUGUAGUGGAGUUGGAAAACUUUGGUAUGCCAUUUAGCCGUACAGAGGAUGGAAAAGUCUACCAGCGUGCGUUUGGAGGUCAGAGUUUGAAGUUUGGUAAAGGCGGCCAAGCCCACAGGUGCUGCUGCGUGGCUGACAGGACGGGUCACUCUCUUCUACACACGCUCUAUGGACGGUCUCUGAGGUAUGACACAAGCUAUUUUGUGGAGUAUUUUGCCCUGGACCUACUGAUGGACGAAGGGAAAUGCGUAGGAGUCAUCGCCUUGUGCAUGGAAGACGGUUCUAUUCACCGCUUCAGGGCCAAAAACACAGUAAUUGCCACAGGUGGGUACGGACGCACUUAUUUCAGCUGCACAUCAGCUCACACCAGUACAGGAGAUGGUACUGCCAUGGUGACGCGUGCCGGCCUGCCAUGCCAGGACCUGGAGUUCGUUCAGUUUCACCCCACAGGCAUCUACGGAGCUGGCUGUCUGAUCACAGAGGGAUGUCGAGGUGAAGGUGGAAUCCUGAUUAACAGCGAGGGUGAGAGGUUUAUGGAACGCUAUGCUCCCAACGCUAAAGAUCUGGCCUCCAGGGAUGUGGUUUCACGCUCCAUGACUAUCGAAAUCCGUGAAGGAAGAGGUGUUGGCCCAGAGAAAGACCACGUGUACCUCCAGCUCCACCAUCUCCCACCUCUGCAGCUGGCUUCCCGUCUGCCAGGAAUCUCUGAAACUGCCAUGAUAUUCGCCGGAGUGGACGUCACCAAAGAACCAAUUCCUGUCCUACCCACGGUUCACUACAACAUGGGAGGCAUCCCCACCAACUACAAGGGACAGGUCAUCACUCAUAAGGAUGGUGAGGAUAAAGUAGUGCCUGGGUUGUAUGCCUGCGGUGAAUCUGGCUGUGCCUCUGUACACGGUGCCAACCGCCUGGGUGCCAACUCGCUGCUGGAUCUCGUGGUGUUUGGCCGUGCUUGUGCUCUUACCAUUGCUGAAAACAACACACCAGGAGAGAAGCUUGAACCCCUGAAGCCUAAUGCAGGAGAGGAAUCCGUUGCUAACCUGGAUAAAAUCCGCUUCGCUGAUGGCUCUACAAGAACUUCUGAGAUCAGGCUCAACAUGCAGAAGACCAUGCAGUCUCAUGCAGCAGUGUUUCGUAAUGGGGACGUCUUGAAGGAAGGCUGCAUUAAGAUGGACGCCGUGUAUCAGACAUUAGACGACGUGAAGACGUUUGACAGAGGUAUUGUUUGGAACACCGAUCUCGUGGAGACUCUGGAGUUGCAGAACCUGUUGCUGAAUGCUGUGCAGACGAUCAACGCAGCUGAGGCUCGCAAAGAAAGCAGGGGGGCUCAUGCCCGCGAAGAUUUCAAAACUCGUGUGGAUGAAUAUGACUACUCAAAGCCACUGCAGGGUCAGCAAAAGAAGCCUUUUGAAGAGCAUUGGAGGAAACACACACUUUCAUACGCAGAUCUCAAGACAGGAAAGGUCACUCUGGAAUACAGACCUGUGAUCGAUGACUCUCUGAAUGCCGAAGACUGCGCCGCCAUUCCACCUGCGAUUCGCUCCUAUUAAAGUUUCACAGCUGCACCUUUAACUGUUAUUUAUCAACAAGAUGCUUAUUCUAAGCUGUCGAGUACAUCACAGGACAUGUGUGUUAAAAACUGUGGCAUUCUGUGUUACGCUUUAUCGCUAAUAAUAAAGUACUAAACAUUGAGAUGUUUUAGAGAACAGGCAAAUAUUUUGUUUUCUGUAAACAACACCAAAAUUUCAGCUGUACUUGUGGUUCACUGAAUGAGCCUCGUUUAUCAAGCUUCGUAUGAAGAAACUUUUCACCAAUCAUUUGUAGAAAUCUGUUGGGUCUUACAGAAGCUCUUGGGUUUGUGUACAUUUACAUUGAAGGACACUUGAUCGAUUGACUCGUCAUUUCAUAUUAAUGGCAUUGAUUUAAAGAAUUGCGAAACGUGGUAUAAAGGGAGGGUGUGGAGGAAGAGUGUUUCAGUUCUGUUGCUAUUGUAUCUUCUCUUCAUGAGAGCCACCAAAAUGUGACAGAUAACUGACCGAUCUGCAGUGCUACUUGGUAUGCUGCAGGGCUUAAUUGGGCAUCCCAGAUUUAUUUGUAGUCUUUAUGGCACUCAUAUCCUCUUGCUCUUUCCAAUGUUUGAGUUUCUAAAGAGUUCAUAUUGGUAUAAAACAAUAAAAUGAUUUCCCUGUGUAA